AUAUUUAAGGGACACAAACUGAAAUAGCUGCCGAACUGCACCUCCAGCCUACCAAAGAGUUAAGGACUAUUUCGUGCAGCGGUAAGCAGGAAGGUGAUUCACAGAAAAGUUGACAUGUCAUUUUACUCAGAUGAUGUGAUAAUUAUGUGCCUGAAGGACCGGUAGUAUCCCCAACCUACACAGCCAAGCGGGACAGUAAACGAACUAGCUGUGACUGAACCAUGGAGUCCAGAUCGCUGUGUGAGAAACCAGACUCCAAGAGCUCUCUACCCUGUCCCUCUCCACCAGACUCUGACUUGGGGGAGGACACAGAGACAGAAGGGUGUGGGAGAGACAGGGACAGGGAGGACAUGUCCCCAGGGGGACAAGGACAUAGAGACCAGGACAGGUCAUACUCGGAGUCCAGCUCACCUGUCGAUGUCAUCAACACGACAGACAGCAAAGACAUGCCCGAUGACCUGACCAGUACAAACAGCAAAGAUGGCUCCCAUGUCGUCAAAUGGACUGUCAGCAUCGUUAUAGCCAUUCCCAAAGGUGAAGAACCCUGUCCUGUAGCUGAGCCGAUCGUCUUAGUGGAGAAGCCCAAACGUGUUCUGUCCAGUGGAGUGGUGGCCCCUAAAGCCCAGACCUACUACCAUAUAGAGUACAACCUGCUGCCUGGUGACCAGGACCCUGUUAAAGUAGACCUGGUGAUGUUCGGCCUUGCCGCUAAGAUCUACAUGGAGAAUGAGACCAAGGUGUUGAAGCCGUGGCAUGAAGGGGACCAGGUGUGGUUAGGCUGGUCCCAGUCUGUAAAGGUUAGGGUCACCAGAGAGCUGCUCAUUAAACUGCUGUCUCAUAAAAUCACCUUCAAAAUCUGGGACACCAAGGACAGAUGCUCUGCUAAGGCCAGAUAUGACCGACCCAAAGCCUUCCAGCUGCCACAGGCUAAACCAGGGGAAGACCAAGACCUAGGUGGGACAAAGAGCAUGGUGUACAAGUUGAGAAUUAUGUUUGAGAAGAAGAAUCCCAGGACCAGAUCGUCCAAUAAGAGAGAAGAUGCCUUGUCCAUGGACUUCAAGAGGUUCUCUGAGCUCCACUGUGCUACAGUUGAAUCCAAGGCAUCCACCACGGAGGUGACAGCCAGUGAGAAGGUCUCCUCCUCAGCUGCCCUCAACACAGGAUCGCUGGUCUCAGUCACAGAACAAUGUGGAGCCAGAUCAGUGGAACGGGACUUGCAGGCAGUCGACUCAAAGAGCACCAAACUUGAUGGCCCAGUGGACCAGGAGAAGGAGAAGGAUUCCACUUCAUCAAAACCAGGCCAGAAGAAAUCAGCUCUGGACCAGUCCUCCAAAGCCACAAAAGAAACCAGCAAGACAACUGUCCCUCCUAUGAAGACUGGUUCAGUAAAGGACCAGUUGGUGGUGCCUGGGAAGAAGGCGCUCAUCAAGACGACCCAGGAGACUGCUGCUCACACUGAGCACAUCAGGAGGAACGGAGUGGCAUCACUAGAACUCAGCUACGUCUAUCUCCUGGCAGGAGACCAGUGUCUGUCUGACUGCCUGGUGACGUGUUCCUCUGGGGUGAAUGAGGGUCUGUGUAGCAUCAGUCUGGACCGACCUCUGAUCUCUGAGAAGCUGAAGGCUGAACUGAACCCUCUGGUCAUCACCAUCCUGUCAGCCUCCUCCCUGCCAUCAUCCCCUGUCCCCUUCCAUGUCUUAGAGGUGAUAUACACUAACAUCCUGUCAGCCUCCUCCCUGUCAUCAUCCCCUGUCCCCUUCCAUGUCUUAGAGGUGAUAUACCCUAACAUCCUGUCAGCCUCCUCCCUGCCAUCAUCCCCUGUCCCCUUCCAUGUCUUAGAGGUGAUAUACCCUAACAUCCUGUCAGCCUCCUCCCUGCCCUCCCAGCCUGCCCCCUUCCAUGUCUUAGAGGUGAUAUACCCUAACAUCCUGUCAGCCUCCUCCCUGCCAUCAUCCCCUGUCCCCUUCCAUGUCUUAGAGGUGAUAUACCCUAACAUCCUGUCAGCCUCCUCCCUGCCAUCAUCCCCUGUCCCCUUCCAUGUCUUAGAGGUGAUAUACACUAACAUCCUGUCAGCCUCCUCCCUGCCCUCCCAGCCUGUCCCAUUCCAUGUCUUAGAGGUGAUAUACCCUAACAUCCUGUCAGCCUCCUCCCUGCCAUCAUCCCCUGUCCCCUUCCAUGUCUUAGAGAGGUGA